AAACCUAAUCUUCCAGAUACUCACUGAGUCACUGUACACUGUACUACUACUCCUAUGUAUAUAUAUUACCACACCCACUGAUCUUUCCUUGCUUCAUUCUCUUGAAUGACUAUGAAAGCUGUUGUUUUGAGCUCGAUCAGCUGCCUCUUUGUCUUCUUCUUCAGUCUUUCUGGGCUUCAUGGGAUAAAUUCAGAAGCUCAGCCUAAAGAUGAAACAGGGCAUGCUAACUUACCACCAAGGGGUUGGAAUUCCUAUGACUCGUUUUCUUGGGUCAUCACCGAGGAACAGUUCCUUCAAAAUGUAGAACUUGUUGCUCAGCGGUUAAAAUCUAAAGGUUAUGAGUAUGUUGUGGUGGAUUUUCUGUGGUAUAGAAAAAAAGUAGAGGGUGCCUACACUGAUUCUCUUGGAUUUGAUGUAAUCGAUGAAUGGGGAAGAAUGCAACCAGACCCGGGUAGAUGGCCUUCGUCUGCGGGUGGUAGAGGAUUCACUGACGUUGCUGCUAAAGUUCAUAGCAUGGGUUUGAAAUUCGGGAUUCACCUCAUGAGAGGUGUUAGUACGCAGGCAGUCAAUGGUCAUACCCCAAUCCUGGAUGUUAAAACGGGCAAAGCUUAUGAAGAAGGCGGCAGGCAGUGGUAUGCAAGUGAUGUAGGAAUUAAGGAGAGGGCCUGUGCGUGGAUGAAGAAUGGUUUCAUGAGCGUGAAUACCAAAACUGGAGCCGGAAGGGCAUUUCUUAGGUCGCUCUAUCAACAGUAUGCUGACUGGGGUGUCGAUUUUGUGAAACAUGACUGUGUUUUCGGCUCUGAUUUGGAUUUGGAUGAGAUAACUGUAGUUUCAGAGGUACUGAAGGAGCUUAAUCGUUCCAUAACAUAUUCUCUGUCUCCCGGAGUUGACGCGACACCAGCAUUGGCAAAGGAAGUCAGUAGUCUCGUCAACAUGUACCGGGUAACCGGGGAUGACUGGGAUACCUGGGAAGAUGUUGCUUCACACUUUAAUGUUGCAAGGGACAUGGCUGCUGCUGGUUUGAUAGGAACCGGGGGCCUGCAAGGGAAGUCAUGGCCCGACUUAGAUAUGCUACCUUUCGGCUGGCUCACAGAUCCCGGAUCAAAUGAAGGUCCACACAGAUACUCUAAUCUAACUCAGACUGAAAAAGAAACGCAGAUGACUUUGUGGUCCAUGGCCAAGUCUCCGAUUAUGUAUGGAGGUGACAUGAGACGUAUUAGUGUUGGGGACCUUGCACUCAUUACAAAUCCAACUUUACUGGAGAUAAACUGGUUUAGCUCAAACAAUAAAGAGUUCCCACACGUAACUGGCACACAAUGUUCUCGACUCAGAAGGCAUACACUAUCCCACACCCACGAAAGUGAAAAAUGUACUGGUACUACCUUGGAUGCCCAGGUUUUAGCUCUCAGAAGCUGCAAAGACACGAAAGCAAAAGGUUGGUCUCAUGAACUUGUUGAGGAUGAUCUCGAGCAAAUUUGUUGGAAAGGGAAAACAACCAAACAUCAGGCACCGUUUUGUCUGUACAAGAAAAGACCACUUUUUGAACCGCAUCAAGAAACGAGAAAUAAGAGCCAAAGUUAUGGGAAACUGCAUUUACUGGAGGCGGAGAGUAAAGAUUCUUGCCUUACUGCUGCUCCAAAUCGAAAGCUUACUUCUGCUGAAGCUAGCAAAGGUUCAUUCUCAAACUGCAGAUGGGAAGCCUACCAGAUGUGGGAAUUGAAACGCAACGGAACCCUCAUAAACAAUUACUCGGGUCUAUGUGCUUCAUUGGAUUCUGUUAAAGCUACACCUGUAGGAAGUCGCGCAUGGAUUGCAAGCGGGAGGAAAGGAGAGAUAUAUCUCGCCUUCUUCAAUCUGAACAAAGCGACAUCCGUGAUCUCAACAACCGCAUCAGACGUAGCCAAGGCGCUCCCUGAAAGAAACUUGCGUGAUCCAAAGUGCUCAGGAAGAGAAUUGUGGUCUGGAAAAAGCUUUGGACCAGUAAAGGUAUUAUCCAUAACUGUACAACCACAUGGAUCUGCUUUGUUUGUACUAAACUGCCAUUGAUGAUGAUGAACAAGAUAAACCCUGCAACCUUACAAGAUGGUUGCUUGUAUUAGAAAUGUACGUGAUGAUUGGAGUAUGGAUUUUGUAUACUAAGAACUGUCUCAAGAAUUGAAAUAAUAAUAAUUUUUUUACAUCUA